AGAGAGAGCAGACGAGAGAGAGCUGGACAGCGAGGUGAAGGGUUGAAAAGAGAAGACAAAGAGAAGUGGAGACAGUUUUUGCCAUGUUCAGGAUUUACCACCCAACGCUGAUUAAUUCUCCUGCUUUUUGUUGUUGCUGCUGUCUUCAAGACGUCCAUCAUCCCUUGUAGUGUCACAUAUGAUACGGUUUUCUACCCAGUGGGUAACAGCAUUGUUUAUCAACGAAGUCCCGGACCAAUGUGGAGGGAUAGAUGUUGAAGAGAGGAACAUAUCUGUUUUUUUCCCAUGGAUAUUUUGUUGUUCGCUCUCCUCCCUCCACUUGCUUUCUUUUGUAUUCACGCGCCCUCCCUCCUUCCUUUUUUCCUUCGCUUGGCUGCACAGGCUGUUUUUUUGGGGAAUACAACGGAUCCCCUUCCCAGAGACCUCCUUUGACCCAUUCCAAUAGCGUUGUCCCCCUGGAUGCCGUCCUGCUGCUUGCGAAUUGAUCGCGCAAAUCUAAAACAGACUUUGUUUCUCUGGACUAUCAGUCUUAUUUAAGAAGCAGCGAGACUGUGGAUGGACCCGCUGCUACGUGCCUUUCUGAAUCAAAUCUGAUGAUUAUUUUGGUCAUUUCAUCAGCGACAUGUCCAUGAAUGUCAUUCUUUUUUGGUCACAAAAUGGUGGUGGUUUGAUUUUCAUUCAUUGACUUGAACUACUGGUUCUGCAGAAUGGAAUUCACGUGAUAAGCUGCAGCCAGGUAGCCUUGAGUCUUUUCCCUGGCUCCAAGAUUCAGCUUGCUUUUUUUUUUUCUUUUGACUCGGCCUUGUAGAUCAAAUUAUCACCUGUUUGUUGUCUGCCACCCAAUGUGGCGAGGAUGAAGAAGACACACAGCAGCACACUGAGGCGCGUGUGGCCCAGCUCUGAACUGUCAGAGCGGCUACUGUCACAGGCAGCCAGUUCGGAGCCUUCCAGGAGCCGACGCUCUCGGAGUGAAAAGGACUACAGAAUCCACAAACACAGGAAAAGGAACCACUAUCCUGCACAGUACGUGUGUCAGAGUCCACCUGCUUACUUUUUCACAGGUGAUGUGUCACCCAUCAGUAUGUCCCCGAUCAGCCAAUCCCAGUUCAUCCCUCUGGGAGAAGUACUGGUAUUGGCUAUCUCUGCUAUGAACUCUGCGCACAAGCCUGUCACCCAGGAGGCCCUAACGGAACACCUGCAGACAUGUUUUCCAGGUGUUCCCACCCCAACGGAGGAGGUCCUGCACCACACACUUAACAUGUUGGUCCGUGAACGGAAGAUCUACCCGACACCUGACGGAUAUUUUAUCGUAACUCCUCAAACUUACUUCAUCACUCCAAGCCUGAUCCGAACUAGCUCCAAGUGGUACCACUUAGAUGAGCGAUCCGCUGACCGGCACCAACAGCCGCAACAUCAGAAUCAGCAGCAGAAUCAGCAGACUCAGUGCACUUCUCCUCUCUCUGGCACCAUCACCCCAUCCACUUCUGGCGGCGUGCGAGAUCGAAGUCACCCGAAAUCCAACCAGAACCACGGUGGGGGAGGCGGAGUUGUGGAUUCCUUUUUCAACAACACCUACCGUGGAGACGACCCCCCCAGUCACCACACAACUCUGCAGCUCAGAUCCCCCAAAGACCACCGGGAGGCAUAUUCGUCCCCGCACUCUCCACAGUCGCCUCCUCAGCCAGCGGGAGGCAACGCCGAAAAGAGCCGCAGCACCCUCGGGUUCCCCUUCAAGACGGACACGCUCACAAAGCAUCGUGGAGGAGGAGGGGGAGGAGGUGGAGGAGGGACUGGUGAGCUCGAGAAGCAGCCAGGAAGCGGUACAGCGAGUCGUAAGUUUGGAUUGAAGCUGUUCCGUCUGAGCUUUAAGAAGGACAAGACCAAGCAGCUGGCCACCUUCUCAGCACAGUUCCCCCCCGAGGAGUGGCCCCUUCGUGAUGAAGAGACACCCAGCCAGCUCCCGCGUCAUAUAGAGAUGGAGAUUAUCCGCAGAAUCAACCCCGAUCUCACCGUGGAGAACCUUGCCCGGCAUACGGCAGUCAUGAAGCGCCUUGAGGAGGAGCGUGCACAGAGGAGCAAGGCAUCAUCAGCCAAUCACAGUUCAAGGAGCAGAAGGAGUGGGGGAAGACAUAGGAAGCAAUCUCAGACCAAACUUAGCCGCUCGCAUAGUAAGACAAGGGUGGCUCGGGGUGAGCAGAGCGAGAGUUCCCAUUUGGAACUAACGGACAGGGACUAUCGAGCUUACUCAUCAUCACUGGCUCGGUCACCGAGGGAACACGCCAUGGCCAUAGAGCGGCAGCGGACGCGUCUUCAUCUGGCACAUAGCAACCCGAACAUCCUUGACUCCUCCCACCUACCUGUCACGCCAGAGUGGGACGUGUCCGGAGAGCUGGCCAAACGACGGACGGAAAUGCCUUUCCCCGAGCCGAGCCACGGCCCAUCGGCGCACCACUCAAAAGUCCACCGCUCACACUCACACACGCAGGAGAGGAAGUCGAGGAAUGAACGCAGCGACAAAGCCAAGGAACGCUCCAGAUCCAUGGAAAAUUCAAAAGGACCUCUUGGAGCCGGCUUAAUUGGACCACCCAGUUACUACGACGAUCGAAGCCGUUACUACACCGACGACGGAACCUUACGAGCCAAUCAGAGCUCUUGUCACUACCCUCAUGCCACUCCCCCCUCGGCCAAGCAGCCCGGGGAAUCGCUCGUAUUGGAUGGCGGCAGGAGUUUAGAGAAAUGUAAGAGUCGGGACAGUCUGCCAACGUACUCUCCUAAACCACAGCACAACUCCGUCCCUCCCGAUGGCUACUUCCAGUGCUCCGGUUCGUCUGAGGCUGUGCUCACAGCUCCAAGCCCGCUGGGAACUCUUGGCAAAAGUAGCCAGGAUGGGUUGAAAUUGGGCUUCGCUGACAGGCAAACAGAAAGGCAAACACCACAUCCUCCAGAAAUGAAGGAAGACUUUUCCAAAGUGGGACCUAAAGGUGGCAGCCUGCCUCCAAUACCUCUCUCGACGCCAGAUCCUCCCGUUUCGAAUGCGCGACCUCCCCACGGUGCCUCCUGUGGUCAAGAAAAACGUAAGGAGAUUUUUAGUAAAGAUACACUCUUCAAACCACCUCCUAGCCUUCCUUUGCCAGGAUACAGCUCCUUGAGGAAAACCCCUGUCCUUGCCUCCUCCACUCUGUCUUCAUCCUGCGAUGCACUUGAUUCCCAGGAGGCCUUCGAUGCGCCCAAACCUCUGGUUGCGACUCCCUCCGCUCCUAUACAAGGGAGUGAACCCACAACCAGUGCUGCAGAGGCCUCCUUUGACUAUUACAAUGUUUCAGAUGACGACGAAAUUGAGGAGGGAGGAACUAAAAGUCGAGGGGAGGACGGCAAAACUGGCGGAGGUGGUGUUGGAAUGGGAGGCGGUGGAGCAGGCACCAUGCAGUGGCUCUUGGAGCGAGAGAAGGAGAGGGAUCUACAGAGAAGGUUUGAAAGAACCCUCACCUUCCCUGGUGCUAAAGAGAACCUUCCGGAACCCAGUCAGAAUCACCAGUCGGCGCACUCUGCCAGACUGGACAGUAUGGACUCCAGCUCAGUUACUGUUGACAGCGGAUUCAACUCGCCAAGAACGAGGGAAAGCCUUGCAUCGAACACCUCGUCCAUAGUGGAGAGUAAUCGCCGGCAGAAUUUGGCUCUGAGUCCCGGCCACCUCGGUAUUACAAAUAGCAACGGCCCCCCUUUCUCAUUCCGCACCAUCCCCGAACCAGCUGGCAGCCAACCGGAAAAACUCCAAAAGCCCAACGCCUGCCUUGCAUCAAUCACCAGCGUCUAGAGGCCGUGACCAAGGACAAGAUGAAGUCCUGCCCUAAGGACUGUUAAACAUGCAGACUGUCACAUUGACUGAAUCAGUGGAGCUGCCACAAGACCACUGUGGAACUAUAGCUGUUAAUACACACAUCAACACAUUCUUAUCACAACAACAACAAAUUAGACCACCAUGAGACUGCUUCUCUUCUCUCAUAAAUACACACGCGUACAUACAGUACACCAUGCCAGUGGGCAGACUAACCAUGUCAUUUCAUAGCCUUGUGUUUACACACCGCUGUUGUGUUCUUUCACUUACGUGAGUUCUACUUUGAGUGCGUGUGCGUGUGCGUGUGUGUGUGUGUGUGUGUGUGUGUAUACACCAGUAAUCUGGAAUCUCAGGUCAUAUCAUAUAAUUCCAGUCCAAUUUCAGCUGCUCCAUAUCAGUGGAACUCUGUCCGAUGGCGUGUUUACACACCAAAAGGUCCGAGGCUCUGCUAACUAUCGCCACUGAUGCAACACACAGCCACUGAUCCAAUUUUGGCGCACUUUGUCUCAUCAGUUUGCUUGAUUAUUGUCAUCAGUUAUCAAAAAUGCUGAGCCAUACAGAUGGUAUGAGGUAUUAAAUCGUACCCAACAAGUUCCUUUGA